AUCGAAUCACACCAAAGAUUCACAAAUCAAAACCAAUGAGUCCUUUCUUUCUUUCUAUUGAAACUCAACAAGCACCGGCCUGGCGGAGCAGGACUUCUUACUAGUCCUACCAUUGCUGAAAACUGAAAUAAUACAGAGUUCUCUUUCCAGAGAGGGUUUUUCAAUUUUUCUUCUUCUUCAUCACUGAUAUAAGAGAGAGGUGGAUUGCCAAGCUCGUGUUUAGAAGAUGCAAGCCAAAGCUCAAAGCCAAAUGGAAGCACAAAGCUCUAAGCACGCACAAAUUAUUGAAAUCAGUGGAGAACUUCCUCCGGGAGGAGGUAUGAUUUGUGGGGAAGCACCAUGUGGGUUCUCGAAUGCUGGAUCAAUCUCUCAGGAUUCCAAAGAACGAUCAACUUCAAUGCGAAAGCUUGUGAUGGCAGUGGUUCUUUGUGUUAUUUUCAUGAGCAUUGAAGUAGUUGGUGGCAUUAAAGCUAAUAGCCUUUCAAUUUUGACAGAUGCAGCCCAUUUGCUUUCAGAUGUUGCAGCAUUCGCCAUCUCUAUAUUUUCUUUAUGGGCUGCUGGUUGGGAAGCCAAUCCUCGUCAAUCAUAUGGAUUUUUCAGAAUAGAGAUUCUUGGUGCUUUGGUUUCUAUCCAGUUAAUAUGGUUGCUUGCUGGGAUUCUGGUAUACGAAGCCAUUGAAAGAAUUGUAGCUGGGACUCAUGAGGUGAAUGGCUUUUUAAUGUUUAUAGUUGCUGCAUUUGGUCUAGUGGUUAACAUCAUCAUGGCUCUGUUAUUGGGUCAUGAUCAUGGCCAUGGACAUAAUGAUCAUGGCCACAGCCAUGGACUUCAAGUGUCUACUCAUCACCAUCAUCAUGAUGUCAAUCAUCCAAAAGAUUGCCACCAUCAUGCUCAUGAAGAUCACAUGCACCAUGAUGCUCACGAGGUUGCUAAACCGCUUCUUGGUGAAUCAAAAAAGAAGGAGAGGAGAUGGAACAUAAAUGUACAGGGUGCUUAUCUCCAUGUACUUGGGGACUCUAUCCAGAGUGUUGGAGUAAUGGUUGGGGGAGCAAUCAUAUGGUAUAAGCCUGAUUGGCAAUUAGUUGAUUUAAUUUGCACUUUAAUAUUUUCAGUAAUUGUUUUGGGGACAACAAUAAAUAUGCUGCGAAACAUAUUGGAAGUCCUAAUGGAGAGCACACCACGUGAGAUAGAUGCAGCCAAGCUUGAAAGGGGGCUGCUGGACAUGGAAGAAGUAGUGGCUGUUCAUGAGUUGCAUAUAUGGGCUAUUACAGUUGGCAAGGUUUUACUGGCUUGUCAUGUUAAAAUCAGACCAGAAGCGAAUGCAGACAUGGUGCUGGACAAAGUUAUAGACUAUAUCAGAAGGGUUUAUAACAUCAGUCAUGUAACUAUACAGAUAGAGCGCUAGUACAUUAUUUUGGCCAGUGAUGAUUAUGAACGGAAGAAUUUAGAUACAGG